CAUACCAAUAAAUGCUAUCACCUAGACAUAAUAUGUUAUUUUAGGUGUAGUUACACCAGAAUUCGUACACAUAACGAGGGUUAUCGUUACCAAAGCAGCCUUAUCUUUGUGCAAAUGACUUGCGUAUUUUAAUUUUAAAAAAAAAUGCCAAUGGCUGAACAUAGGCGUUUACAGUCAUUUCAUAUAAGGGAACAUGGAACCGCCAAUCCAUUUUCAAUAUAUAUGAAAAGUCAUGACAUUGACCCCUCUACGUCCGAAAAAAAUGUUAAUGAUUAUCCUGUGGAAUCCAUAUCGGAAAGAAAGGAUCGCGUCCUAAUGCGUAAUAUAUUGCUUUGUUUUCAUUACUUCGAUAUCCAAAACAGGGGCUUUGUCAACGUUGAUGAGGCACGUUUUAUGAUUGCAGAAGCCUUAAAACGGUGCGAAAGGUUGGGAGAAUUUCUUGAUCAAGUUCUUCGCAUAGCUGCUGACGCCCAUGGAAGUGUAAUCACAAAGGCACUUUUUAUUAAACGACUUGAAGAUUAUGUGAAAUCAUCAUCUGCACGAUCAGAUAUUUUAAUAUGGAAAUUAUGUUCUAUUAACAAUCCAAUUUGCCAAUAUUUCAGGCAAUUAAAAUUGUCUCAUGCGCAAUCUGACGGUGAUGACGUUCCUUACUCUGUGGAUGGAGAAACAGACACCGAUGAUUCAUGGGAUGGCUUUAACAACGCUAAAUCGUUGGCGACGGAUGUAAAUGCGGAAGGUGUUGAAUCUACAUUUAACCCGGUAAUUCAAUUCGCUAAAUGUGAUGUCACUGCUAAAUAUGUCAACAGUUUGAAAGAAGAAGUAUACUCUCUCCAUCACUUCAGGUGCGGCUCCAAUGGGAACACAGGGGUAAACGAAUAUAUUGUGUUCAACUUCAAUAAGAGCAAUGAAUGGUCUAAAGAUCUUAGGGGACUAAUGGAUCCAUAAAAUCAUGGUCCCAUGUACUAUACAACUUAAAAGUAUCUGGACAUCUAAAAGCAAC